AUGGAGCCCAGCAAAUACGAAGGAAAAAGGGUUGCAGAGGUACCUGAGGCGAGCGGAGAAGACGACGAGGAUGGAGAGUCGGGAGACGAUAGCAAGAGGAUGAGAUCGUCAACUCCCUCAAAGAGAAGGCUGUCGAGUGCAGGUGGAUCCACACAGCGUUCUUGCCAGGUGGAAGACUGCACGGCUGAUUUGACUGAUGCCAAGCCGUAUCACAGGCGGCAUAGAGUCUGUGAGUUCCACGCCAAGGCAGCUGUUGUUUUUCUUGCGGGGUCCGGGCAGAGGUUCUGUCAGCAGUGCAGCAGGUUUCACGAGCUAUCGGAGUUUGAUGAAGCUAAAAGAAGUUGUCGCAGGCGUUUGGCAGGACACAAUGAGAGACGUCGAAAGAGCCUAUAUGAUUCUCAGUGA